AUGACUUUAGUGAUUUCAGCCGUUAUUGAUGUCGAUAAAGUAAUUCCAGCUGUCAUUAAUUUCCAGAAAUUAUUAAGACUGCACAGGAGACGUCCUCUCGACCAGCCGAGUGGCCGCUGCUCUACCUUCCCCUCCUGCCUGUGCGAGGUCCUUCAUUCACGGCCGGAUCUCCUGCUCAGAAGCCCAGUGUCGGUAAUGAAGGUGGCACUGGUGGCUGUGCUGGCGGCGGUGGCGAUACAACCUUGGCCUCCGUCCCUGGUCGCUGCCACCGCCAACCUCUUUCGUAGAGUGGAGGUCUCUAAAACGAGGCUGGCGAGGUCACAGAACAUAGAACUCGGCCAGCUUCCUUCAGGACUCUCCGGUUCAGUCCGCUGUGCUGCCGCAUGCACUGUUGACCCUCGGUGUCAAAUGUGGUGCCAAGGAGCCUCGUCCGAGGAGUGCCUCGUCUCAGACAUGGUGGUGACGUCAGCUUAUGUAGAGGCCGACUUGGCUGAUGCAACUGCCUGUUACACAAGACGCCUCAAGGACUUCGUUGUCGGGGCGUCCAUCGAGGGAAGUCCAGUUCACCCCAACUCCCCCUUGAGAGUUAAGGAAAAUCUUAUAGAUGGAAUCUUCAACCGGGAUAAUAAUGACAAUUGUUACAGAACGGACAACAAUCUAAAUCGCCCCUGGUUUGUACUGGACUUCGGCACUGCAGUAACUUUCCGCUUUGUUAAGCUCUUCGCACAGGCAAAUGGCUCACUAAACAUGGUGAAGACUAUCGCUGACUUGGAGGUGAGAGUGGGCAUGGCAGCCGUGCCCACCCCGGGAGACUUCAGCUCAUACCAGCUCUUCGGAAGCUUUACCGGACCUGCUGUUGAGUUUGGCCAAGUGAUUGUGCUGGAGUCUCCCGCCCCUGUGACGUCCAGGUUCCUCUCGGUGCAGAAGAUGCAGGACGCUGAGAGGCUGCAACUCUGUCAUGUAGAAGUAUAUUAAGAUGUUUUCAAAGCUGUAAA